GUUUUUUGCCACUCCUGAAUCGCGCAGUCACGCGUCGCACCCAUACUCUGCUGUCAGUCCUAUGAUCGGCUCCUGUCCAGAGGAAGCACGCCUGCUUUUCAGGGGGAUUUUCGCCUCUCUUCUGCUUCUUCUUUCACUUUCAUACUCGCAGAGUUUGAGCGCACAUCCAGACCCAGAAAAGCAAAGCCGAACAGAAUCAGCCAUGGUGGUGAUCAGCAAUGCAGAUUUUUCCCUGGACUUGUUCCGCACACUGAGCCGAGCGAAACCAGCUGGGAAUAUCUUUGUCUCUCCGCUGAGCAUCGGCUCGGCCAUGGCGAUGGUCUACCUGGGUGCUAAAGGAGACACUGCUACUCAGAUGGCGAAGGCCCUCUCAUUCACUGCCGGUGAAGGCGUCCAUGCAGAUUUCCAAACACUAAACGCUGAAAUAAACUCCCCGUCUGCAUCGUACAUCCUGAAAGUGGCCAACCGUCUCUACGGAGAGACCUCUUCCAAGUUCCUCCCUAAAUUCCUGGAAGACACAGAGAAGUUCUACCAAGCGGAUCUGAAGCCUGUGGAUUUCAUUGGAAGCCCAGAGGACUGUAGAGCAGAGAUCAACAGCUGGGUGGAGCAGCAGACAGAGAAUAAAAUAAAAGAUCUUUUAAAGCCAGGAACCGUCAACACAAUGACCAGACUGGCUCUGGUGAACGCCAUCUACUUCAAAGGAAACUGGAUGAGUCGCUUUGAUGCGUCUCAAACCAAGGAAAUGCCUUUUAAAGUCAACCCGAAUGAGACAAAGACGGUCCAGAUGAUGUACCAGGUGAAGAAGCUGCCUUACAACUACAUCCCUGACUUGGGACUGCAGAUCCUGGAGCUUCCAUACGUAAAUGAGGACCUCAGCAUGUUUAUCCUCCUGCCAGAGUUGGCUACAGGUGACUCAGACCCUUUGCUGAAGCUGGAAAGCGAGCUAACGCCAGAGAAGCUGGACGAAUGGACCAACAGAGCAAAUAUGGAUACCCAAACAGAAAUCAUCAUCCACCUGCCAAAGUUCAAGCUGGAGGAGGACUAUGAGCUGAAGGAACAUCUGUCCAAGAUGGGAAUGACAGAUGUGUUCUGCGCUGGCAAGGCCGACCUAGCAGGCAUGAACGGAGAAGGGGGGCUCUUCUUGUCUACGGUGGCCCACAAGGCCUUUGUGGAUGUGAACGAAGAGGGGACGGAAGCCGCCGCAGCCACAGCUGGCAUGAUUUCAUUCUGCAUGCUGCGAGAGGAGCACUUCCAGGCAGAUCACCCCUUCCUCUUCUUCAUCAGGCACAACAAGACCAAGUCCAUCCUCUUCUUUGGCAGGCUCUCAUCUCCUCAGUAGAACUGAAGUAGCAGCUAAGUUUGAUAUCUAAGUAAAAGCUGGAAAUGUUCCCACAUUCAUCAAAUGAUCCAUCAGUAUGUUCAUUUCAACUAGGAAUAAAUUACAAUAAAGUAAAUAUGCAAGU